CUGUCUCUCUCUCUCUCGUCCGGAGAUCGCGGCUGCACACCCCCGUGCGUCUACGGUCUCCGACGAUCUUUCCCCUUCCCUUUCCUAGGGUGUUUCCAUCGAAUCCACGAGGCCGAUCGAUUGCUGCUCUACCCGCUCCGCGUCGGUUCCUCCUUGCUCUCGCCUUCGCUUCCCUUUUAGGGGCUAUUUACAAUUGAGUGAAGCAUGAGUUCCAAGGAAGUCUUUACUUCUCUGAAAAAGUUAUUCCCGCAGGUUGAUCUUCGCAUACUGAAGGCUGCUGCCAUUGAGCAUGCUAAUGAUGUUGAUUCUGCAGCUGAAUUUAUUCUCUUAGAUGUUCUACCAUCUAUUGUUGGAUCCUGUGAAGCAUCAUGCACAUUGCAAGAUAUAGAUGAAACAGAACAUUCGAUGGCGGUCGUCGGGAAGGGCAAACAGCCUAUUCUGUCUGGAAAUCGAGAAGAGGAAGAUACCACAAGUCAUCUUUCAGGACAAGAGCCAGUAUCAUGUGAAAUUGCAGUUUCUGAUGGUUAUACAAGUUCUGCAAGUGUGAUGUCACCAUGCAUUGGGGAAGCAGAUCCAAGAGGUUUACAGGUUGGCAUUACAGAUUAUAUGAAGGAACUGGAGUGCCCAACAUCAUGCCAUAAUGCUUUUGAGGGGCUGAACACAGUUGCAAACUCAGAACCAAACUUUAUGGAGAAGGGAAUUGAUCAAACCUCUCUUCAUCCCAAUUCACAUGUUCAUGAAAAGUUUGUGGAUGUUGCUCUUUUUAACUUGAGUGUUCAAGUUAAUGUUCCCCAAAUAAGUCCUGGCUCUGCACAUGAUGAGCAUUCUUUGGAGCAAAUCAUGAUGCAAUCAUCUACUGGAAAGUCGGAAACUAUUGUUAAUGUUAUUCAUGGUAGUGCCCAAAUAGAUUCAUCAUUAGCUGCUUUGCUUGUUAAUGGGGAUGUUCAGAAUGCUGCAUUGGAACCAUUUGAAAGGAAUUCUAAUGCUACAGAGAACCGGAAAUUAAUGAAUGAUGGGACCUUCUCUGUAAAUGGUUCUGUGGAACAGUCAAGAUGUUCGGUUGAGCCUGCCAGCGUUCAGGAUCUUAAUGACUUGGAAGUUAAUGAUUCUGUUUCAGCUGCUACUAUGGCAGCUGAAGAUUUUAAAGUUUGUGGGGGUUGUCUUGUAAAUGAGGUUACCACCAGUACUACUGAAUAUGAAGAACUGCACUCUGAGUUGGCAGAUGACAAUGAUCUACCUGCAACUCUAAAUAACCGAUCAGGCCAUUUUGUUGACACUGGAUAUCUUGAAGAUCUUCUUUCUAAUGCCAAAAGCAAUAAGACAAAUUUGUUGUCUGCAAUGGAAUUGACAACUAAUAUGAUGAGAGAGGUGAAGCUUUUGGAAGAAAGGCGCAAGCAGGCUAAAGAGGCUGCUACCAUUGCUGGUCAAGAUAUUCUUGCCAAGAUGGAGGAACUUAAGGAGACAUCAAGACAUGCAAAGGAAGCAAAUGACAUGCAUGCUGGCGAGGUUUAUGGUGAGAAAGCUAUAUUGGCGACUGAAGCUCGAGAGCUUCAGUUCAGACUCCUCAGUUUGUCAGAUGAAAAGAAUAAAUCUCUUUCAAUGAUUGAGGAGAUUCGCCAAACUGUUGAAGCAAGCAUAGCUGCAAUGGAGGAGGAAAUUGCAGCAGCUGAACAAGAAAAGCUUGAGAAGGAAGAACUAGCUCUCAAGGCUCUUAGCAAACAGGAAGCUGUUAUGGCUGCAGCAAUGGAAGAGUCAAAAAAGCUACAACAAGAAGCAGAAGCUAACUCCAAGAUGAGGGAGUUCUUGAUGGAUCGUGGCCGUGUAGUUGAUGCACUCCAAGGUGAAAUUAAUAUUAUCUGUGAGGAUGUCAUGUUGCUAAAAGAAAUAGUCGAUGGCCGUGUGCCAUUGAAUGGAUCUCUUCGUUCGACGGCUUUGAGCUUGUUGGCUUCAUCAAGCUCAUCAUCCUAUAGGAGCAAACGUUCAUCAGAUGGGGUUCUUGAGCACGAUGAUCUUCCGGAGAAGUCUGCAAUCACUGAGCAAGAACAACAUGAGAUUCAACAGAAUGAUAAAAGCAACCUCAGCGGCGGCAUUCACGGAGCACAACCAGAUGAUGGCUGGGAGCUUUUAAAAGGUGGAGUAUUGUGAAGCUAGACGAAUGGAGUUACAAUUUGUUUUCUUCCUGAUUUUGGUAGUUCAAUUUUUUUUUUUUCCGAAAAGUUACGGUAAGGUUUAAAAUCAUAUUGCUGAUUACUACUACUACUACGUAGCUGCAAACAUGAUGAGGUUCAUGUGGUUAAUCUCUUGCACGCCCCAGCCGAAGUUUGUGAAGCACAUGCAGCUAUUGUUGCAAUUUUUGGUUUCUUUCUUUCUUUUUAUUUUUUUGGAUGAGAUGCGAAAAUGUCAUCGUUGUGUUACGGACUUUGUUUUGCUCAAGACAUGUAUCUGUGGUACCAACCACUUACUCGUUAAAUCCAUGAUCAUUCUUAUUGCCCUCAAGAA